AUGGCAUCCAGCAAUGGUGGUGAAGGACCCUCAGGGACCAAUACAGGCCCCGCGACACCGAUCGCAACCAACAACACAACCACUGCCCCCCUGUACGGAACUGGAGCACCAGAAGACAGAGACUGGGACACAGUGGAAGACGUGACAGAUACAAUCGGAGAUCAAGGUGAAGGACUGCCGGCGAUUGGCAGCUUCGUACUUUACAAGCUUGAACCACUUCUCAAAGAGAAGGAAGAUUUCGACAACUGGUUCAAUGCUGUCUCACGAAUCCUCGAAGGUCACGGCCUUCAGCGUCUAAUUGACAAAAACAUACUACGACCAACCCGAAACUCACCGAAUGCGGAAACAUGGAUGAAGCUUAGCAUGCAAGUCAGUUCCUGGCUUCGUAUCUGCAUUGACCCCGACGUCGCGAAAUACAUUACUUCGAGCGGAAAGCGAACCAAGUGGGCGGAUGACUUUAUGCAUGAAUGCAAGCUUCACAUGCGUGGUGAGGGACAUGGCGCACUGAGUGCAGCAAUGGUCAAAUUUAUGGGAACGAAGAAAGCUGAGUUCUCAACAACCACAGAGUUUAUUGAAGCUCUACAACAAAGAUUCAAAACGGCCAAUGAUCUUAAAGCCGGCCUACCCCCGUACGCGGCUAUUGUGAUCAUGGUUACGCAGCUACAGGAGAUCACUGAGCUACGUAGCGCCAUCGAGAUCAAGAACAACGAGCUGAAAUCGAUCAAAGAUCCGUCUGCAGAGUUGACAAUUCAGGAUUUCUUCCUAUACUGCUCUGAGAUGAAGGAUAAGAUCAAAGAAUUCGGCAUUGACGGCGGCUUCGGUGCCAAUGCGACAGCCACAAAGACACCGAAGCAGGGACAACAGCAAUCCCAGUCUUCAACCGAGAAGAAGGACAAGCUUACCAAUGCUCCCCCACCCGGUAAAUCAGCAUGGAAGCAUGUUAACGAAUGGAAGAAACACAAAACCCAGCGUACAGCUACUGGCAAUUGCUCCUAUUGUGGAGGACAAGGCCAUGAUGCUAAGGACUGCUACUAUCUAGUGGCUGACGAUCGUCCUUCGAACUGGAAACCGAAGCCUGGCUUAUGGUACUGGAAGAUAAAAGAGCACUUUCAUGAAGAUAAAAGCCAGCAACUGACGGGCAAGCCUACUGAGCGAACCAAGCAGGCUAACUUCGACGCCGUCGCUUCAUCUGCAACAUCAAAGGAUGACAAAGUGUACGACUUCGCCGGCAUGGCGGUUGCACUUGACGAUCCAAUUGUCAAUGCAGUUGAUACUGCAAACAAGAUUCAGACCGAAGAUGUCUACGCACCAGACAAUAUUGAAACGGUCUAUAUUCCAGACAACAUCCAGACUAUCCUGGAAGAUGACACCGAGUCAUCUGGCUUCGCCGGCUCGGCAACAACUUCAUCUACUCGCCAGCUUCGUGCCGGCAUUGACUGGAUCCUGGAUUCAGGAUCAUCGUGGCAUAUCUGUACAAACAGAGAGCUCUUCAUUACAUACGACGAAUACAAACCUGGCACAGCGCCAGGAUGGGAUUCAAGCACGGGACAUGGAGCCGAAGCAAUUGGUCAUGGAGAUAUCAUUCUUCCGAUUCGAAAGCCAGAUGGUUCUCGCCAUGAACUAAAGCUCCAUUGUCAAUACAGACCAGGCAACAAAUUCAGCCUUCUUGGAUACCUUGCCGCUCACAUAACACACGGCAUGAUCUGGAACCCAGAAGACAUGCUAAUCAAAACCAAAGAAGGGACUGUUGGCUACACAUUCGUGGCGAAGAACGUCCCAUUCAUUGAGCUUGCCAACGAGCCAUUCCCAGUCCAAUAUCAAGACGAUGACAAAGAAACCGGUGUUGCAUACACAACGAUCUCUGCUGAACUAGCCCAUCGUCGACUGGGCCAUGCCGGAAGCUACAAAGGAAGAAUCAACAAGGACAAGCUUGGUUGUGACGUCGGUAGCGAGCACUAUGACUGUGAAGCAUGCGGCAAAGGGAAGUCGAAGAAGAUCAUCUCCCGGGACCGCCAAGCUAGAUCAACUAAGGUUGGACAACUUCUUCAUGUUGAUCUUCAUCCUGUCAAGCCUAAGGGUAUUGGCAAAGACGGCAAAUACGACAGAGAGCAUACAAUGAUCAUCACAGAUGACUACUCUCGAUUCCGAGUGGCCCUUCAUCUCGCCAAAAAGAGUGAUGCUUCGCGAGUCCUACAAGAAUGGACAGAGCAAUUUAAAGAGCAUACUAGUUACUACCCCACUGAAUGGAGAUUUGACAACGGCACAGAGUUUCACAAAUUCACCAAGUGGGCAAAGAGCAAGUUGAUGCUUGUCAGUCCUUCUGCGGCGUACGCUCAUGAACAAAACGGCGUAUCUGAAUUCAGCGGUCACUAUAUCAUGCAAGUGGCAAGGACAAUACACCUUGACGCAGAGAUAGCACCGAAGGAGCUGUGGACAGAGGCAGUUAGCGCCGGCACCUACAUCAUCAAUCGACUGUCUCGCUCGGGGGGUGAAGCACCAAUUCUAGCUUGGAGAAAAGCUAUGAACCUUCGUGGAGACGAAAGCACAGUCAACCUGUCAUUCUUACGAGUAUGGUACUCGAAAGCUUACGUCCAUAAGCCAAAAGAAACCCGUAUUCAAAGCAUGAAGAUGGAUCCUCGAGCAUGGAUCGGUUAUCUGGUGGGAUAUGAAGGUGACAACGGUCAUUGCUACCGCAUUUACAAUCCUACCACAAAGAAGGUUUCUAUUCAUAGAGACGUUGUCUUCUUUGAACCAAGAGCACCACAGUCGUAUGACGGUGCUAAUGACAUCAAGAUCGGUGAGGAAAUCAUUGAUGGACCGCCGCCUGGCAAGACACAGUUCUCAAUCAGCGAGCCAGUUUUCAAAACGACUCGCCAAGCGAUGAAAGAUCUCUCUGUUGCACCAAUUACACCAGGAAAGAUCAUUGGAGAGAUCACUGAUCAAGGACAUGUUAGCUCAGGGGAAGAGCACCAGGAUCACCUGGAUGCUUCAUUGUUUUCGGAAGGAAGCUCUGUCAAUACAGAGGAAGCUGAAUUGUUCUACAAUACACAGGAGGAUACCCUAGAAAAUAGGGUACAAGCAUUACGACUGAAAGAGCCAGAGACGCCAAUUCGUCAAGUUCAACAACAAGCUUCUCCUCCAAGAACAGGGCAAGUUCACCAGCAACAAGCUUACCGUCAAGAGAGAAUUGACUACCCUGGACUGCCAGAGAUCUAUGAAGAACCGGCUACGCCUUCUCCUACGCCGUCACCAUUGACAGGCACCCAACAAAACCAGAUCAACCUCGCGAGACAGGUGGUUGAAAACGAGAUCCGACCAUCACCGAACCCGGCCCGUCUCGAUCCACCGGAAAGAUUCCAACCUACGAAUGCGACCCCCACUACCACCGCCGUACGACGAUCUCCACGAUCAACGAAGGGCCAGAGCCCAGAACGAUACCAAGACUUGAAGUGGAAGAAAUACGGCGAACCGGACCGAAGUGGAGGAUCACAAUGCGCCGUGGUAGGAUCGGUGGCAAGUGGUGGAGAUAGAGAUGGAGACAUGGGAUUGAUGCCAAACGACUACUGGAUGAAUUCGCCAUUUGGCGUUGGUUUUGCCAUGUCAUCGACCGAGACAGGACCUGAUCAAGGCUCUAUCCCAACUAGUCAAGAUGCUACCUCAACGGGACAUUUGAAAUCAUGGCAAGUGAAGAUUCCACGUACCUACGCGGAAGCGAUGGCAUCUCCACAUAAGAAAGAAUGGCUUGGUGCGAUGCAGGUGCAGAUCAAGAAGCUUCAUACCGCAAAUGCAUUCGAAUACAUUGAUCGUCCACCAUCUGGAGCUACCAUUCUACCCGGCAAAUGGGUGUUCGAUCUCAAGAUCGAUAAGAACAACACUGUUCUGGAAUUCAGAGCCCGAUGGGUCAUCUGUGGAAACCGUCAACGCCCCGGAUUCGACUUCGACGAGAACUACGCGCCAGUUGCAAGAGCAGAGACGAUGAGACUCUUCUUAAGCGUCGUAUCUAUCAAGAAUAUGAUCCUCGAACAAGUGGAUUAUACGGCAGCCUAUCUCAAUGCAGCAAUUGACAACCGAGCGAUCUUCAUGAAACAACCGACAGGCUUCGAAGAAGGAGACAAAGUCUGUAUUCUUUUACAAGCCCUUUAUGGCCUUCGACAAGCUGGUCAUCUGUGGUACAAAACCAUUGCCACAGCAUUGAAAGAGAUGGGAUUCCAACCGCUUGAAGAUGAGCCCUGCAUUAUGAUCCACAAGGAGAGAAACGUCUGGAUCUUGCUCUAUGUUGACGACACAUUGAUCGCUGCAUCUGACGAAGAAGGAAUUGCUUGGUUCAAAAGCAAGAUCCCAUUCAAAUACCGAGAUCUCGGCAAGCCAGAUCGCUUUCUGGGUAGUAGCCUCUCUCGUGGUAGACAUGGCAUAUUCCUCAGCCAAAGUGCAUAUGCAGAAGAAAUCAUCGUCAAAGCUGGCUUGCAAACUGCAGCUGCCGUCUAUCUCCCAAUGAAGACGACAUACAAAUCACCAGCAAUAACCAAUUCGAAAAACGACAAGGAUGUACGGAGAGAUGACAACGAUCUCCAGGAAGAUCAACCUUCAAUCUCAACUACAGAAGCAAAAGCAUACGUUGAAGACAUCGGCAAGCUAGGAUGGUUGACAGAUAAGUCUCGCCCAGAUAUCGCCCUCGCAGUCAAUAAGCUUCAACGACGAGCAUCAGCACCAAGACAGGAGGAUGUCGAGGCAUUAAAACAACUGAAUCGUUAUGUGAAAGGAACAAUGCACCUUGGUAUUUUACUAGGUGGAAAACCAGAGGAAGGCUUAUAUGGCUAUGUCGAUGCUUCAUAUCAAGAUUGUGAAGACGGUAAGAGCACGGAGGCGUUUAUCUUCUAUUACGCUGGUGGCCCAAUCAGCUGGUCAUCUCGGAAAGAAGAGAUUGUCGCGAGAAGCAGCACUGCCGCCGAGUACGUCGCUUUUGAUGCCGCGAUCAGGGAGUGUAUGUGGUUGUUGAAAAUCCUGCACCAAAUGGGGAUCGAACAAGAACUUCCGAUCACACUGUACACCGACAGUGAUAACGCGGUGUCGAUCAUGAAGAAAGAUAACUACGCAAAGGGGACGAAAUGGAUUGACGCAAGAUACCACUUUGUACGACAUGCAGUCAGAGAAGGCAUCGUUCGACUGGAACUAAUCGCAAGCGCCAACAACAUUGCGGAUACCCUGACGAAACCACUCGCGAAGGAGCUCUUCGAACCAAUGAGAGCAAGGAUGAUGGCGAAAUCAGCCAAUGACAACGACGUUGAACGAUGA